AUGUUGCAGAAGUCUUUUGGUGAAUCUGCUCUAUCAAAAACGCACCCUUACGAGUGGUACAAAGCAUUCAAGAAGGGUCGGGAGACCGUCGGAGACAUGCCUCGUUCUGGACGGGCUUCAACGAGUGUGACCGAUGAUAGCGUUGAAAAAGUGAAAGAAAUUAUUGCCGAUAAUAUCCGUGUGAGCUUGAAAGAGAUUGCCCAUAAAUUGGAGAUCUUACGCGAGAGCGUACGUACGAUUAUGCAUUACAAAUUGAGCAUGCAACGCGUUGCUGCAAAACUUGUUCCGAUAGACCUGAAAUUCAUACAAAAAGGGUAUCGAGAGCAAGUAGCUGCAGACAUCCUGGAUCGGGCUAAUUCGAAUACCAUCUUCAUGGAACGCAUAAUCACUGGUGACGAGACAUGGAUCUUCGAAUAUGACACACUUACGAACCAGCAAUCGUCCGAAUGA